AAGACGGCCCCCCUCUCUCGGCCCGGCCAUCUUGUGGGAAGAGCUGAAGCAGGCGCUCUUGGCUCGGCGCGGCCCGCUGCAAUCCGUAGAGGAACGCGCCGCCGAGCCACCAUCAUGCCUGGGCACCUACAGGAAGGCUUCGGCUGCGUGGUCACCAACCGAUUCGACCAGUUAUUUGACGACGAAUCGGACCCCUUCGAGGUGCUGAAGGCAGCAGAGAACAAGAAAAAAGAAGCCGGCGGGGGCGGCGUUGGGGGCCCUGGGGCCAAGAGCGCUGCUCAGGCCGCGGCCCAGACCAACUCCAACGCGGCGGGCAAACAGCUGCGUAAAGAGUCCCAGAAAGACCGCAAGAACCCGCUGCCUCCCAAUGUCGGCGUGGCUGAUAAGAAGGAGGAGACACAGCCGCCCGUGGCGCUUAAGAAAGAAGGAAUAAGACGAGUUGGAAGAAGACCUGAUCAGCAACUUCAGGGUGAAGGGAAAAUAAUUGAUAGAAGACCAGAAAGGCGACCACCUCGUGAAAGAAGAUUUGAAAAGCCACUCGAAGAAAAGGGUGAAGGAGGCGAAUUUUCAGUUGACAAACCGAUUAUUGACCGACCUAUUCGAGGACGUGGUGGACUUGGAAGGGGGCGAGGAGGUCGUGGACGUGGAAUGGGCCGAGGAGAUGGAUUUGAUUCUCGUGGCAAACGUGAAUUUGAUAGGCAUAGUGGAAGUGAUAGAUCUUCUUUUUCACAUUACAGUGGUCUGAAGCAUGAGGACAAGCGUGGAGGUAGCGGAUCUCACAACUGGGGAACUGUCAAAGAUGAAUUAACAGAGUCCCCCAAAUACAUUCAGAAACAAAUAUCUUAUAAUUGCAGUGACUUGGAUCAAACAAAUGUGACUGAGGAAACACCUGAAGGUGAAGAACACCCAGUGGCAGACACUGAAAAUAAGGAGAAUGAGGUUGAAGAAGUUAAGGAAGAGGGUCCAAAAGAGAUGACUUUGGAUGAGUGGAAGGCUAUUCAAAAUAAAGACCGGGCAAAAGUGGAAUUUAAUAUUCGGAAACCAAAUGAAGGUGCUGAUGGGCAGUGGAAGAAGGGAUUUGUUCUUCAUAAAUCAAAGAGUGAAGAGGCUCAUGCUGAAGAUUCCGUUAUGGACCAUCAUUUCCGGAAGCCAGCAAAUGAUAUAACAUCUCAGCUGGAGAUCAAUUUUGGUGACCUAGGCCGCCCAGGACGUGGUGGCAGGGGAGGACGAGGUGGACGUGGGCGUGGUGGACGUCCAAACCGUGGCAGUAGGACUGACAAGUCAAGUGCUUCUGCUCCUGAUGUGGAUGACCCAGAAGCAUUCCCAGCUCUGGCUUAACUGGAUGCCAUAAGACAACCCUGGUUCCUUUGUGGACCAUCCUGUUCUAAAAGCUUUUGCAUGCUUAAGGAUCCCAAACAACUAAGAAAUUUAAAAAAAAAAAAACAAAAAAAAAAAACAAAAAAGACUGUCAUUCAUACCAUUCACACCUAAAGACUGAAUUUUAUCUGUUUUAAAAAUGAACUUCUCUCGCUACACAGAAGUAACAAAAAUGGUAGUCAGUUUUGUAUUUAGAAAUGUAUUGGUAGCAGGGAUGUUUUCAUAAUUUUCAGAGAUUAUGCAUUCUUCAUGAAUACUUUUGUAUUGCUGCUUGCAAAUAUGCAUUUCCAAACUUGAAAUAUAGGUGUGAACAGUGUGUACCAGUUUAAAGCUUUCACUUCAUUUGUGUUUUUUAAUUAAGGAUUUAGAUGUUCCUCUAAUAUACAAACUGGUAUAAAUAUCAGACAUUAUCAGUUUUAAUACCUGCUUUGCAUUUUCACACAUAGUCAACUGGGACAUGUAAACUUUGAUUUGUCAAAUUUUAUUCUGUGUGGAAUACUAACUACUUUAUGUAUUUUAACUUAGUUUUAAUUUCAUUUUUGGGGAGAAAUCUUUUCACUUCUCAUAGCUGUUAUAUACGCUAAAUCUUUAUAUACAGAAGUAUCAGUACUUGAACAAAUUCAAAGCACAUUGGUUUAUUAACCCUUAACUCCUGCAUGGUUCAUUAGGUUUGAAUUAUAUCUGAUACACAAUUACAAAUAUAUUUACCUUUAAAAUGUGUGACUUUCCCAGCUAAAAGCUAAACUAGAUACGUUAUUAGUGAAAGUUGUUUAAGAUACUCUUGAUAGACAUCCUGUCAAGUGAAGUCAUUUUAUGGGUAUGAGUUUUUCUCCCCUUCCUUACAACAGAUUGGGUGGAAUAGUUGGGUUAGUGCACAACA